AUGCGCGACCUGCGUCCAGCGGCGCUGCUGGCGCGGGCGAUCCGCCGACGCACUCAGGGGGACCUCCUUGGGGAGGAGACGUACUUAACGCGCUGCCUACAGCGAGCCGAAUCCCCACACGCACACGUGAGGCGCGACGACCGCGAAGCUGCUCGACUUGCACACUUCUACCUCGUUGUGGCUGGGACCUUUGUGAAAGUCAAGCGCAACUUAAUGCAACGCGUUACGGGUAACUGGGGAGGGCGCGAGACGCCCUUCAUCCUGGAGCGAGCUAUUGGGAAGACCACCGGCGAAGAUGUGACCUUCUACUCGCAUGCCCACCUUCCGGGAGAUGAGACUCACAUCAUCGACCAGCUUAUUGAAGCGAUGAGGCCGCUCCUCGCGCAGGUCGCUGCCGACGUCGCUAGUUCGGUGAAGGUUGCAGAGUGGUGGGUGCACCAGCGCCUGCCGGAGCAGUGGCACGGACAUCCACUCCACUACGACACCAAUGAGCAACUUCUGCGAGACUCCGGCGGCAGCCAUGUGGAGCAUCCGGCCAUAAGCAGCGUGGUGUACCUGUGCGAUGAUUCUCCGCGCUUUGGCCCUACGGUGGUCACAAGCCAAGAGUAUGGUGAUGUCGCCAAGGCCGAUUUUGAAGGCCAGGCGGCGCUGGUUCGGCCUCGAUUGGGGCGAGCCCUCUUCUUCAAGGGCGGCUACCUGCACGGCGCGCUGCCGGGAAAGCCCUGGCUCGAAGCUCCGGGAGCUUCGGGGAGGCGGCUAAACUUGAUGGUCGGAUGGUGGACUUCUGACAUCCCAACACAGGCGGCUGCGGAUCCGCCGAAACCGCUGAUGCGCUCCGGGGUGGGCACCUGGAUCUCCGAUCUCAAAGAAGCUCGGAUGGCCUCCAGCACUGGGAAACCCAGCCCGGUGGACCUCGCAGUUCGCAGUGCGUCCCCGAUCUGGGCGAGCUGUGGGCACGGCGAAGUCGUCGAUGAAGACAGCGGGAUGGCAAAACCUUAG